AUGGAACGUCUCGUUGUCUUUGAUUUUGAUUGGUCAAUGAUAGAUAAUAAUUCGGAUCCAUGGGUACUUGAGCAAUUAUCAAAAGAACUUGCAAAGAAAAUUGACGAAUUAAAAAGAAAAGUGCAAUGGACUGAUUUAAUGCACAUGUUGUUAGAAGAAUUACAUCAGCAAGGUUUUUCAAGACAGCAAAUUGAGGAUGCAUUGGCAAAGAUUCCAUUUAGUCCGGAUAUGAUUGAAGCGUUAAAAACUAUUAAACGUGGUAAAGGAGAAAUCAUAAUCCUUUCGGAUUCCAAUACAGAAUACAUUGAUAUAAUAUUAAAAGCAUAUGGUGUAAGAGAUUUAAUAUCAAUUAUUAUAAGUAAUCCUGCAAGUUGGGAUGAAAAUGGAAGAUUACAUGUAAAAAGAUUAAUUCCCCCUGAAGAUCCUCCUCAUGGAUGUGAAAAUAAAUGUGCAGAGAAUAUUUGCAAAGAUGUCUAA